AGUUCUUAAAAAGUCUUUUAUUACUAUAAUAUUUUUUAAAAAUUUCCUAAAAACAUUAAAAAAAAUAUUACGAAUUAAAAUUAAUCAAAAUCGUUAUAUGUAAUAUCUUUUGAUUUGACUUUUAUCGUUAUAUUUAAAAUAUUUUUGCGAUAAGCAGUGAAAUUAAUUAUUUUCAAGAUAAUACGACGAAAAUUUUUCGAAAAUAAAAAAUCAAUAACGUAUUAGGAGUAAAACAAUUUUCAAAAAUAUUCUCAAACAUACUACAAAAAGGGAAAUACAUUUCCGCGUUAUAGUCUUAUACUAUGUCUUAGAUUAAAUUUUGGAUAAAAUAAAAAAAAAUUAAAUUUGCUUUUAAAAACAAGUGCCCUUUUAUGUCGGGAUUAUUUAAGAAAAAUUAAAUGAGCAAAGUGUUUGUUUUUGAAAUUUUUAUUGUGUCAUGUCUUUGGAAGAUCCAUUUUUUGUUGUUAAAGACGAAGUUUUUAAAGCUUUAAACAAAACACGAGGUCUUUAUUUGAGGUGGAGAGAAUUAGGUGAAGCAAACGGUUCCCAAGAAGCUGAAUGGACAACUACUGAAUUGAGAAAUUCGUUAAGAAGUAUUGAAUGGGACCUUGAAGACUUGGAAGAUACAAUUUCUAUUGUAGAAAAAAAUCCAACUAAAUUUAAAAUAGAUAAUAGGGAAUUAUCAAGUCGCCGGCAUUUCAUUGACGCUACCCGAGAUGAAGUCAAAUCGAUGAAAGAAAAAAUGAACUACGGUUUAAACCGUAACAGAGAUCGUGAUAUUACAGCAAGACAACCCUUAUUGGAUAAUAAUAACGAAACAAAUAAUAACAUAAAUUGUACAACAACUGUUAAUAGCUUGGCAACAACUGUAGUAAGUGGUAAUUCAAUUGCUAAUACAAUUGGUACAAUGGCGUCUCGACAUGGUGGUACUAAAUAUUCUAAAUUGGAAAAUACAUUGGAUAGUCCCGGUCAUUAUGCAACAUUGGACAGUCCAUCACAUAAAUUUAUUGGUGAAAAUGUUUCAGUACAACAGCGAAUGUUUCAAACUCAAGAUGAACAAUUGGAUGUUAUUAGUGAUUCAAUCGGUACAUUAAAGACUGUCUCGCGGCAAAUUAAUGUCGAAUUAGAUGAACAAGCUGUAAUGUUAGAUGAUUUUGGAAAUGAGUUGGAUGCAACAGAAUCAAAGUUAGAUUCAACAAUGAAAAAGGUUGCCAAAGUAUUACACAUGAAUAAUGAUAAACGUCAGUGGGCUGCUAUAGGUAUUCUCUUAGUACUUUUAUUAAUUAUAAUAGUUCUAUUUAUUAUACUGUAAAAUAA